CGUGAGAAAAUAGAGAACAUUAUUCAUAUUUUCGUGUUAGAGAAAUAGCUAAUUACUUUAAUAAAUUAAAACUGUUACUCCCCUGUGUCUAAGAACCCUGAAAAAAAACAAUCCUAAACAAUUCGAAUGAGUCUUAACUAUGGAUAAAAGGAAGUGAUAUUUAGAUGAACUAACAAUUAUACAGGUUAAGCAUUGAACAUCAACUAAUUAAUAACUUAUGAAUAUGAAAAAAAAAUUGUCAGAUCUUGUCAAAUGAAUCCGGGAAUAAAAUUAAAUGUAUAAAAGAAAAUAAAUGAAUUAAGACUUAAACAUAAAUCUUGAAGAUAAAGAACACUCUGAUAAGAAUAUGACAAAGUGGCGCCCGAACAGGGACUCGACAAUUGGAGUAAUAGAUGUGAAGAGAGAGUUUCCUUAACUGAUUGUGGAUCUAUCGUUAAGUGUUGUGGUCAUUCAUUUGCGAGUAUCUCUAGAAUUCUUUCUCCAAUCAAUAUGUCUGCAGGAGCUUAUGUAGAAGAGGCUAAGUUGAUGGGGCUUGAGGACCCGAUAGCUAUUGUAGAUUACGUGAGUAAACGUCAGGCUGAGGAGCGAGAAGAACGAGCGAGGCAGCGUGAGCGUGAGAAGGAGGAACGGGAAGAGCGGGACAGACAGCGUGAGCACGAGCUGAGACUGCAGCAGCUGAAGAUAGAGGAAGAGGAGAGGAUUCGCCGGCAUCAACUGGAAAUGGCUCGCGUGCAGAUGGGGACGAAUGGAGGCUCCCCUGCCCAGGCAUCCACCUUGCCGCGCAUCCGGUUACCUGCUUUUAAAGAAGGUGAGCCAAUCGAACCAUAUAUUCACCGGUUUGAAGAUUUUGCCGAUUUAUAUCAGUUCGACGAAGCCACGAAGAAGCUUCAUUUCCAAAGUCUGUUUGAUGGGAAACCCUUAGAAAUCCUCCAUCGCCUCAACGCGAGUGACAAGACGUACUGUUCGAUGAAGUCAGCAUUGAUGAGGGCGUACGGGUUGACGGUCGACGACGCAAAACUUCAAUUUAAUCGAGCAAUGAUGCAAGACCGAGAGACUGCCACUCAGUUCCUGGUUCGUUUGUCAGGCUACCUUGACCAGUGGCUGGAAAAGGAUGGGACGCCGGACACGAAGGAAGGUAUUAGGGAUUUAGUGUUACGGUUUCAGCUUGAAAAGUCGUGUCCCCAGGAUCUCGUUGCGCAGUUUAAGAUCCACAAGAUCAAGACUGCAGAGCAGAUGGCUGAUAAGGCGGAUGCCCAUUUUUCUGCCUUUGGGUAUCACACUCGCAGGCAGUGGAAAAAGCCGGCCAUUUCACUGGGUCAACAACAGAGGGGAAAGCAAGAACUACUUUUGCAGCAGCAACAGAAGGUUCAUCCCACAAUUCACAAGCAACAGCAUCUGCAGUCGAAAGCACAGCAGAGUGUACCACCACAGCAACAGCGGAAGCAUCCUUGGCGAACGGUGAGUCAAGAAACUCAUGAUUACCGACAGAAAGGAGCGGCCGCCUGUGUGAGUGAGGAAAACCCAACACCCCAGCCUCCGGAGACGUCAGAAGCUAGACAACAAACGCCCCACGUGCACAGCAUUUGACUAUCUGCUACCUCCACGGAUCC